AUGGUGUUUUACUUCGAGUCGCAACCUGACCCAUUUCUGCCGGCUUUUACGCUGUAUAUGGGCAAGGACAAGCACGAAAACGAGGACCUGAUCCGGUACGGCUGGGAAACCGACGUGUGGUUCCAUGUGGACAAUAUGAGCUCUGCCCACGUCUACUGCCGGUGUCCGGAGGGCUACAGCUGGGAUUCGAUCCCCCAAGAGGUGCUUGACGACUGUGCGCAGCUCACCAAGGCCAACUCGAUCGCCGGCAACAAAAAGGACAACGUAACCGUGAUCUACACCCCGUGGGCGAAUCUCCGCAAAGACGGCAGCAUGGACGUGGGCCAGGUCAGCUUCACCAACGCCAAGCAGGUGCAGAAAGUGCAUGUGCGGACCCGGCAAAACGCAAUUAUUAACCGGCUCAACAAAACCAAAAAGGAACUGUACCCAGAUCUUGAACAGGAGCGGAUAGACUACGAGAAACUACAGCGACUAAAGUAUGCUGAAGAGCACCGACAGCGCCAGAAGGUCGACCUGGAGCAGUCCAGGGAGUACCGCAAGCUGGCCGAGCAAAAGGACAAGGCAUACAGCGCCCUGUUUGACGACGAAGUCAUGCGACACUCGAGCAAUCAGUUCCGGGCAGACGACUGGGAGGACGACUUUAUGUGA